CGGCCUAUUCCAGGAAAAGAACUGCUCGAAUUCUGUCGAACUUCGACAUCGGUGCCGCCGUCGAUUCAAACGAUAAAGUGAAGAAGCAAAUCGCGAAUUCCUCUCUGCCAAGUCUCUGCAUUGCUAGAUCUCAAGCCGGUCCUCCGAGAGUUAGUUAGGUGGGUAACGAUCUCGAGUUCCUUCUCCAAUUCAGUUCAGCGGGGAAUUACUGGCGGCAAGCAAAAAUGGAAGCUCUGAAAUCGGCCAUGGACCAGCACUUGGACCAAAUGGCGGAUCUGGUUCAGAAGCUCUCUUCCGAGCUACGAUCCGGACUCCAGCCGGCUUACGAGAAUUUCAUGGGUUUCUUUCACGCCAUUGACUGGACGGAGCCUUGGUUGAUGGGGAUGAUGGGAUUCCAUGUAUUGCUACUUAUUGUAGCUAUAUUCUCGAGGAAGAACACUAAUUUCCAGAUGGGGUUGUUCUUUCUCACCUUGGCUGGGGUACGUUUAGCCGAGAUCUUGAACAGAAUACUUGGAAACAACUGGAGAAGCUUUGCAACCCAGAACUACUUUGAUCCGCACGGUAUAUUUCUUUCAGCAGUCUGGUCAGGGCCUCUUCUGGUCAUUGCCUGUCUAAUCCUGAUAAACACACUUUUCAACCUCUGCUACAUGGUGGUGAAGUGGAAAAGGGCGGAGCUGAAACACCGAGCCAGACUUGCUCGUGAUAAGCAGGAAUGAGAUUGUGGACUUCUUUCUUUAGGAACAAUGACAAUGCGAAAGAGUGCUUAAUGCUUCCAUGCGGGGAAGUUUUUGUGGUUACUAAAAACAAAGCUAAGCCGAUUCGAUUCUUUCCCCUUUUUGCUCUAGUCAUUAUUGAAAAGGUGUAAAUUGUUGAUACUCAACGAUAGAUUCGUCGGACUCGAGCUACUGGUUAGACCGAGCUGUAGGUCUCCUAGUUUGUUCAGAAUCAUGUGCUCCCAACUCUUUGUUCCGUAUCCUAUCUCUUGGUGACAGCAGCAGAUCUCCAUUGUUGUAGAUUGUUUUCUAUGGACCAAGAAGUAAAGAAGACUAGUCUUUUCUGCAUGAUUGUGAGUUUGUGACCACAUAACUUAAUGCUACCUCAUCUCAUGUGCCCAUCACCGCACCUUUUCGGAUUAUCCACCGCCACAGCCCUCAAUUACUGAAGUACCUUCAGACAUCGAUUGCUUAGCUAACAUUAGGCCAGUUCCUGCGCUAUCAUCCCUCUGCAAUCCCUUGAGACACUGUCAAGUCUUUGCUCAGUCCAUCUCCAGCGACACACACUUCGCAAAAGGAGAAGGAAGGUUAUGAUGUUCAUUCCAUUUCCAUACAUAAGUAAUAACUUCCCCGAUUGGGUAAGUAAAUCGAAGUAUUGAAG